AUGGAACUUCUGGUCACCCCACCGAGGCACCUCUGCCAGCAACAUGUUCAACGUAAUUCAGAGGACUUCAAAGUCUAUGUGUCACCUAAAAAGGAUUCACCUCACAAAGCUUCUGUGAAAUUUAAUGAGCUUUCAUUCUGCUCCAUUCCUGAGGGUCAGUCUAAAUAUGUGGAAGAGCCAAGGACCCCACUUGAAGAAAGCAUUUCACAUCUCCGACAUUAUUGUGAGCCGUAUACAAGUUGGUGUCAGGAAAUGUACUCACAAACUAAGCCCAAGAUGCAGAGCUUGGUUCAAUGGGGAUUAGGCAGCUAUGAAUAUCUCCAAAAUACACCUUCUGGAUUUUUUCCAAGACUUGGUGUUAUCAGUUUUCCUGGCAUUGUUGGACUUCUUUUGUCUAGAGGCUCAAAAAUAAAGAAGCUGGUAUAUCCACCUGACUUCAUGGGACUUGCUGCCUCUCUUUAUUAUCCACAACAAGCCAUCGUAUUUGUUCAGGUCAGUGGGGAGAAAUUAUAUGACUGGGAUUUACAAGGAUACAUAGUCAUAGAAGAUUUGUGGAAGGAGGACUUUCAAAAGCCAGAAAAUGUGAAGAAUUCAUCUGGGAAUAAAUACAAUACUCCAUGCUCUGCCCAUUUUAAUCAGUUAUAGGUAAACAUUGGAAACUCCAU